AUGUUGAAAGAUGAGAAUAUUAAAGCCAUAAAAAUAACAAGAGUAUAUGAACCUUCGAUCACCCCGCAGCAGUCCUUCGCUACAAAUCGUGAAGACGAUGUAGGGGAGGACAUUGGUGACGACAGUGUGGGAGAGGAUAUUGCUGAGGAUUUCAUCGAAGAUGACAUCAUGACAAGGGCGAGCGAAGAUGAGGACUUUAUCAAUGAAGAAGACUGGAGAACCGAGAUUAACCUUUACCUUGAAGAAGGUACGCUACCUACGGACUUGAAGCAAGCCAGACUGAUACAAUCAAAGGCAGGAAGAUACGAUCUUCGUGAUGGAGUAUUAUACAAGAAAUCCUUUCUCGGACCACUACUACGAUGUCUAUCAAGAGAGGAGGGGCAUCGUAUUUUGAAAGAUAUCCAUUAUGGGGACGCAGGUAACCACAGCGGAAUGAGAUCACUGGCGGAUAAAGCAAAAAUGCAGGGAUACUAUUGGCCACAGAUGAUCCGAGAUGCCGCUAGGAUGUCCAGGAGAUGCGAAGAAUGCCAGCGGUUUGCUAAAUAA